CCAUGCAAACAGUGAAGACUGUCAACCCCCUGAGAAGGUUAACACAAUGGAACCCCAGUUUGUGAGUGGAAUGAUAGUGAAGAUCAUUAGUACAGAUCCCCUGCCAAGCAGGAAACACCUCAGGGAAACCUUGGCAGUGAUAGCUGAAGUUGUCUAUGUUGAUGUGCUGGAAGGAGAUACAGAAUGCCAUGCUAGAUUUAAAACUCCAGAGGAUGCUCAGGCAGUAGUCAAAGCACAUGCAGAAAUUAAAAAGAAAUAUAAUUGGAAGUUUGAGAUCCUCUCUGGUAACCAUGAACAGAGAUACUGGCAGAAGAUUUUAGUAGAUGGGCAGGCUAAACUGAAUCAACCCCUUGAAAAGAAAAGAGGAACAGAGAAGUUGAUCGACAAAGCUGAAAAAAUUAGACUGGCGUAGACUCAACAAG